UUAUAUUUGUUCGCAGUAUUCGUUUAAACUUGGUUAUCGGCAAAUGUCAAUAGCGACUGAAUAAGCUGUAACCUCGCGGUUAUUCUUGGCGUCGCGCGUCGUGUAUGACAUAAUAUUAUUAUUUAUUUAUUUAACGAAUAUUAUAUUCAAUAAAGUAAUAAUAAAAUAUGAAAUGCAUACCUAUAGGUACACGUAAACGAAUAAAUAAAUAUACAGUAGUAGUAACAUUCAUAAUAAUUUUCGGAAAUGAGCUUAACAAGUUAAUUGGAAGUUAUAUAAAUACGAAAACAAAAUAAUUAAAGACAAACUAAGUAGAAAAAUAUAUGGUUUUACACAGAUUUCAUUUUAAAUGUUGGAUAGUUGCGACCAUGGUAUAGUGGUAUACAAUAGUAGGGUUCAAUAAAAGACAUUUUGGAGCGUGUGAUAGGAAAGGAACUUAAAACAUUAAUUCGGGUUAGCAAACAAGGGGCAGUCUACGUAGAAAAGCUAAGUUAGUCAUUAUACCUACUCUUCGAUUUACUAAGUGGGCGAGAUCGAAUUUAUACGUAUGGUAAAAUAAAUAUCAAUUGUAUUAUAAUAUAGGGAAUGUUUGUUGUCUACAUCAUGCCAGUAUUUACAUUUAUAAUUUAACAGUACCAUAGACCUUUUGUAUGUUUAUGCAAUAGCCUUACUGCUGGUUUCCAUAAUCAUAUUUCAUCAUCUUCUACGAUACAAAUUUAUAUAUAGUUAAGUCCAUGAGACCACGGUUCAAAAAGACAUUGUUAGCUGCUGUUAAUAAAAUAAAUCGAUAGCAGUUAGGAACAAAAUAUAAACUUCGAAUUAAGAUUUUUCCUAUGUCUUUUUAAUUAUACUACUUUAUAACAAUCGGAUAUUUCAAGUAGAUAUUUUAAAUAUAUCUAUAUGGGUACUAAUAUAUUAUUGAAGUGAUAAUUGAUUAAGUACAUGAUAUUAUAAUAUUACUACCUACUUGAGCAGCAAUGCAUUUUUGCUCUUAUGUGUGCUUAAGCCGAGGCUAAACAAAUUACUAAGAUAUAUACGAUUAUCGUUUUUCUAAUAUACCUAUCGAUUAUAGUUAUAUCGAAGUUAUUUAAUAUUAUUAUAUAAGUUAUAUAUUUACACACUACUGGUUGUUUAUAAAUCAAUUAUUUUCGCUAUUAUGUACAGAGAUAUUAAUUAAAAAAUAUGACAACUAGAAGCAUGGCAGACAUAUAUAUGAUGUUGAGAAAUAAAUCCAAGCAGAGUAUUCAUCCGUUUAAAGCAUUUAAGCAUAGCAAUUACGGUACAGAUAGCAAAGAAUGUGUUAAUGACAAAAUAUCGUUGAUGGAAGCCGGUCGAGCUAAUGAAAUACGUGCUCAGGAAAUAUGUCCACCUCCGUGGACUGGAUUAUUUGAAGACGCUCGAUAUUCUAUUACCUGUUUACAGAAUAAAUUGGAAGAAUUGCGUUCAUUGCAAGAUGCACAUUUGUUGAGAUCUUCAGCAAAGCUAAAUGAUUCUAACUUACUAGAGAAAUAUAUCCGAGAUCUUACAUUCGAAAUUACUAGAAUAUUUGCUUCAACAAAAAAAACAAUUAAUCAAAUCCUAUUACAUUAUUCAAAUGGACUAUACAACAACAAAGAAUCCCAAUUUUCAUACAAUGAGUCAUCUUCUCUAAUGUUAUCGCUACAAAAUAUUUUCAACGAAUUUCGAAAUUCACAAAAAGACUAUCGCAAAAAAAUCAAACGUUUAGAAUGCGUAUCGUUACAAACCCUAUUUGAAACCGAAGACAACUCGUCUAAAUGUAGUUUAUUAAGUAUUAACGAAAAAUUUUCAUCUAAUGAUUUUGGACAACAAUUGCAGAUGCUACAAUCGAAUCAAACACGGACAUUCGCUGCUAUACUUGUCGAAGAAGAAAACGCUAAAAUGGCCGUACAGUUAGAAAGCAAAGCGAAUCAGAUGGCCAGUACUAUUGUUGAACUUAACAACAUAUUUAAAGAAGUUACACACAUGACCUAUCAACAAGGUAGUGUUUUGGAUCGGAUAGACUACAAUAUUAAACAGGCUGAAAUUGAAGUUGACCAUGGUGUAGAAAAUCGUAUUGAAUCAGAAAAUUGUCAUAAACGAAAAAUUAAAUGUAUUUUGGUUUUAGUUCCCAUUACUUUUGUGUUGUUAAUUCUUUUUAAGCUAGCAACUUUUUAAUGUGGUUGUGUUCUAUUAUAGCUCUCCAUUUUUUUCUUAACAAAA